AUGACGGACAUGUAUUGGAAAUAUACUUGGUGGAUGCUGACGGCCUUACUUCUGAACGGACACUACUACACCGACGCGGAUGGAAUAGUCAGGGUUCCCAGUGAUGUUUCUGAGCUGGAAGCCUGGCACUUGGACAACGCUGGAAGUUCUAGUAAUCCAGAACAGCAGAUAACAGACAGCUUCGUCUUGGCUUCCAGUUCUGGAGAGGUGACAGGAAGUCAACCCAGGAUUAAACGAGGCAUCCUGUUUCCGACCGGAGUCAAGCUGUGCUCUCAGGAGACUGUGAAGCAAGCGCUCCAGAACCACCUGGAAUACUUUCACCUGAGAGUGUGUCAAGAGACUAUCUGGGAGGCAUUUAAGAUAUUCUGGGACAGGCUUCCCAAAAGAGAAGAAUACCAGCUGUGGAUUAGCAGGUGCCAGAAUGGCAGCGUUAGCGUCUUUGAUAUCGGCAGGAGCUUCAGUCAGUCACCUGAGCAUCUUGCCAUCAUCACCAGUAGGGUGCAAAUGGCUUCGGCGAUGAGCCAACAGACUACAGCUGACCCAACAAUAGCAGCCGACACCUCCAACACUGAAGGAGUUGCACGUAUAACUUCUCUAUUAAAAGAAGUGACUUCAACAGAAUUAACAGAUACAACAACCAAGACUACACUUACUCCAACAGAAGCUAUGGAACCAACAGAAGAGCCUGCGGUUACUCUGACAAAAGUGGUAGUAACCACAGAACUGUCUACAGAUGCUCCACUAAAAGAGUCAGUAACAACUCAACAGUCUAUGGUUACUCCAAGUGUUGCUAUGGUAACCAGAGUAGAGAAAUCUUAUAGUUCAACAGAAGUUAGGGAACCAACAGAAGAGCCUGCAGUUAGUCUGACAGACGUGGUAGUAACCACAGAACAGUCAACAGAUGAUCCAAUAAAAGACUCAGUAACAACUCAACAGUCUAUGGUUACUGCAACUGUAGCUAUGGUAACCAGAGUAAAGUCUUCCGCUCCAACAGAAGCAAUAGCAUCCACAGAACAGUCUGUGGAUAUUGCAACAAAAGUGAUAGAAAUUGCAGAACCAUCUUUAAAUACCCCAACAGAAACAAGAACAAUAGUACCUAUAGAACCACUGUCAUUGGAAACUCCAAAAGAAGAGUUAUUGACCACAGAAAAGUAUGUGUAUAUUCCAAUAGAAACAAUAGAACAAUUUAUGGAUACAUUAAAAGAAGCAAUAGUUACCACCCAACCAUCUACGAUUGCUCCAAACAUAGCUAGGGUAAACAUCAGAGAAUCUCCAAAUACUCCAACAAUAACAUUACUAACCAAAGAACAGUCCAUGGAUACUGAAGAGGAAGCAAUUGAACACUCUACACAUACUCUAAAAGAAACGAUAAUAACCAUGAAACACUCUGUGGUUACUCCAAAUGUACCUAUGAUAAUCAUAAAAGAGUCUAUGAUUACUCCAACAGAAGUGAUAGCAACCACAAAGUCUAUGGAUCUUGUGAUGGAAGCAAUGGCACCUGCAGAACAGUCUACAGUCAAUCCAACAGAAACUAUAACAACUACAGAAAAGUUUACUGAUGCUCUAACUCAAGCAGUAGUUUCAACACAAAAGUCUAUGAUUACCUCAAACAUAACUAUAACAACCUUAGGGGAGUCUGGGAAUACUCCAACACAAGCAAUGGUAAAGACAGACCAGUCCACCAAGAUUGCGAGAGAAGUGAUAGUAACAUCCAAGCAGUCUAACGUAACAGCACAGACUAUAACACGUUUAGUCCCAGUCUCCACUAUUGCCUCAGAGUUAGAGGUCACUGGGGAUUCACAGGGGGUACAUCCUGAUUCACUGACAGAAGUCACCAGUCAGGUAACUGAGCAGAUUAGCCCAGGGACUGCAUUGGAAAGUAACCGUAAUGCCCCUGAAAUGCCCUUGAGAACCACUGUAGUUGUCUUCGAGAGUGAUGGGGAUGCUUCUACUAUUGACAUUUAUGUCAAUUCUGGUUUAGGGGAAACCAAAGUAGAAACAGAGGAGGAAUUAGCUGAAGAACAUGUGCAGGUAGAUGAUGGUGGUGGAGCAGCACUACAAUCUUCACCCAGCUCUACUCUAAGGACCACACUUGAACCUAGGGAACAUGAGCAACCAGAAAACACGCAACCAGAUAACUCUCUAGACACAUCUCUAGAUGAACCACCACUUUCUGGUAUGGACAACAUCCAUAAAGGUGAUGAAUCCACCUCUGAAUCUGUUCUUGUAGAAGAGGUAACUGGGACUGCAGAUACUACCACUGAUAAGAAUUCAUCAGAGAAGAUUGAAGAUGAUAUACAUGUAACUAUUGUGGAGAUUAGCAAUGAUGUUGAUGAGGUCAGAUUGGACAUGACUGGUGAGGUCACUGUACACAGUGUUUUUGAAGAGAAUUGGACCUCUGCAGGGGCUAAAGUGUUACUUGAAGCCCCUACAAACGAGCUGUCCUUACAAGAUAAUACACCUGUAGCUGAAAAUGAACAUGCUUCUGCUAGUGCAGACAUUGCAUUUAAUUAUACAGUAAAUGAUAAUCCUAAAAAUAUACCUAAAGAUGAUGUAAGGGAUAAUCUUGCCAUUUUAUUUGAUGGAACACCGGUGGAUAUAACAGAAGAUGCAACUGAAUCCAUAACUUCAUUUGAAAAUACAAGUGAAGCACAAUCAGAAACGACUGUAGAGACUGCAGUCCACAAAUUGGCACCCAAACAUAUGGGUGAUAUUAUAACCGUUGAAAAUGACAAACCUGAGUCUGCUGGUAAAAUGGACCUAUCUGAGGUUAUACCUGUGACUAAUGGUGAAGAUGCAACACUUACUUUCACGCUUCAGCCCAGUGUAAUCAUUGUGGAUGCUGAAGAUUUCACACCCAAGGUUACACCUACAACUAAAGAUAACCCAUCUGAACACCAUAACAUGGAAACUGACAUCAAAGAAAAAGCCCCUGCAGAGAAUUUAUCUGACUCUACAGUUGAAUGGAAUGAGCCUAAGGUUCUUGAGGUCACAACCUCAACUUUACUUCAAAUGAGAAUGUCAGAGGAAACUAAAACGUCCAUAGAUGCAGAGAACACGUUAGCCGUAACUGAAACUGCACCUCAUGCUAUGGGUCCUGAUGGUACAACUUCAGAGGUAUUUGAAAAUAUAGACAGAUCAACAGGGACACUAAAGCAGGAAGACACAGCUCCGCCAUCAGUCGAGAAAUCUACAGUGGGACUAAAUAACCCGACAACCAACAUGCAGCAAAGCAAUAUCUCAUCCACAGCACAAGCAUCCACACAAAUCUCCAACAAAAUAAUAGAUGAAGGGAACAUGAUUGGCAAUGAAAUUGAUGAUAUUUUGCCACGCCCUGUGAGGCCAAUAAUGGAUCAAGUGGUGGAGCUAAACAUUAAACUCAGAGGAGAGACAUAUGACGAUGCUCUCCGAGAUCCAUCAAGCCCUUACUACCAGCAUCUGUCUGAACAGUUUAUUGAAAAGAUUGAAGAUGCAUAUAAAAAACUUCCAGGCUUCCAGAGGGUUUUUAUUCGUGAAUUCAGGCCACAAAAAGACAUCCAAGGAGGCCUUGCGGUGGUGGUACAUUACGCCAUUAUCUUGGAAGGAGACGUAGCAGGCAUUAAUAACGAGACCAUGACUGACAUCACAUUCAGGUCCAACCAGGUGGAGAAAUCCUACACAGAACUGGAGGAACUGCCCACCGUGGUCUACACUGUCACCGACUUACGCCAUUACAUUACUCAGGCACUGCACAAAGAGAGCCUUGGGAACAAUGGAAACACCAGUUUGGAUGUGGACCCUGACUCGCUGCAGCUGGAAAAUGUGGAGACAUUGCAGCUUUCCAAACCAACCAGCAGACCACUCGACUCCAAUAACAUGAUGGACAACGUGCUUGCUGCAGAAAAGCCACCCGAUAUCCCUGGACUGGAUCUCACCAGUAACGAUGUCUUCAUCAAAAAUGAGGAUUUAAUGUUUGACAGCUUGCAUCCUUAUCACCUCUGGAUGGGCACUCAGACUGAGGUGGCUAGUGAAAAUGACAUUAUUUUUGAAGACAAUCCAUCUACACCACUUACGGAGAUCCCAGUUCACAGGACAAUGGAUACAGAAAGGAUCUCCAAAGCUGAUGAUACCAGCAAAGAUCCUACACUCAUCACAGAAAAUGAUAUUGAAGAAGAGGGCUUUCUAGAAAACACAACCCCUGCUAACCCUAUUCCUGUUACUGUGAUUGAGGAGGAUCAUCCUACACCAUUUCAGGCUAAGAGUACUGUAACAGAAAUGCCUCUCGUGAAACCUCCAGGACUAAAAGAUUCAGCAGAAGAUAUACACACAGAUAUAGGAUCUGGGUUGUCCAGCAGUGACCAAAUCCCUGACACAUGGCCAUGGAUAACAGAUCGGCCUUCAGUAAGCUCAGAGAAGGUUGUUUCAAAAGCUGAAGAAGAUCAGAAAGACUAUGAAAAGAAAAAGUUAGAAAGAGAAUCAGAUAUUUCUGUUCCGCAAACCACAUCUGAAGUGCUAUUACAAGACAAUGUUCUUAGGACUCAAAACAUUCACACUCUCCCUCAAGACACAACUACAGAACAGGCCCCAUUGUUCUUACCUAUGUCUACCCUGAUGGCGGAGCUUUCAAUGCAGACCGAUGAAACUCCGGAGAUUUCUGAUCACUAUCCAGGUGAACUCUCCAUUUUUGUUGCUACUGUAACUGAAGUACCGAGGCAUGUGCAUCCUACUACCAGUAGUCCUACCAAAGAAGGAUCAACAGUCCAAAGCUCAGAAAUUAAUCCUGAAAAUCAAAACUUUAGUCCCUCUUCACCAAAAGUCAUGGAUGUAACAGAAGCAUCAGAAACAAUACAACAGGCAACAGAACCCCAUUCUGUUUUCGGCAUGAAGACUGAUACGCUAGAAGAAGCUCACACUGUCCUUUCAACAGAGGGACAACCUAUAAUUGAAGCUAUAACACGUUUGCCAGAGAUUUUUGAGUUUGAGAUAUCGAAUGAUGGGGUGGAGAUUCUUGAGGACAUUACAGUUAAAGUAACUCAAGCAACAGUUUUGGAAUUUUUAGACGAAGAUCUUACCAAAGAUGAAAUAAUUGUGGUGACAGCAGAACCUGCAACAAUGGUCAGGGAAGCACCGAAUGUAGAUGUGUCAACCCAACAAUCAACCGAGAAGGAGUCUCCAUUCACUGGAAUAUUUGACUAUACCAUGGUUAAGGACACAUCUUUAUUACAGUCAACUGUGAAGCCUUUACCCAGUCAUACAUCUGACCCAGUUGUUCCUGAGGAGCUUACAUCACAGGCUCCAAGUUACCCAACUGUAGACACUGUCACACAAAUCGAUGUUGUUGGACCAACAGACACAAGCACAAAUAAUGUCAAACUCUCCACAGCAUCUAAGUAUUCCAUAGAUUCUGUCACACCUAAUGGCACCAAUAUCUCUGAGAGAGACCACGCAUCUACAACCGUACUCCCAAUCUUUCAAACGACCUUCCACCCUUCAGACAAGAUUGUUGAUACCGUAGUCUCAAGAGAUGAUCAUCUACCAAAGAAUGAUCUUAUAUCAACCCCUAGUCUUUCUGAUCUCAUUUUCUUCCAUGCAAACAAAGAGAACCAUAGCAGCACUGCACAUAUGUCUCUCAUUCCAGGCAAUCCCAGCAUAACUGACCUUGAUAUGUCCUUUGACAUUAUCCAGUAUGAUGACAAUGGCAGCGGAUUCAAUCAUGGUAAUGACAUAGCUAGUGUUGCUAUGCCACCGAGUCCUGGUCGGGCUCUAAUGGUAUUUUUCAGUCUUCGAGUCACCAACAUGAAAUUUUCACAGGAUCUGUUCAACAAGAGCUCCUCUGAAUACAAAACUCUUGAACGACAAUUUUUGGACUUGCUGGUCCCAUAUCUACAGUCCAAUCUUAGCAACUUCCAGCACCUGGAGAUCCUAAAUUUUAGGAAUGGAAGCAUUGUAGUGAACAGCAGGAUGAAGUUUGGGAAGCCAGUUCCCCAUGAAGUGACAUCUGCGGUCUACCUUAUUCUAGAGAAUUUCUGCAACACAGCGUACCAGAAGAUGAACCUCGCUAUAGACAAGUACUCUCUGGAUGUUGAGUCAGGUGACAGGGCAGACCCAUGUAAGUUCCAGGCAUGUAACAAGUUCUCUAAGUGUACCGUGAACCAGUGGAGAGGCGAGGCGGAGUGUGUAUGCGACCCCGGGUACUUCAGUGUGGACGGUCUGCCUUGUCGGAGCAUCUGCGACAUAAAAGAAGAUUUCUGCCUCAACGACGGCAAGUGUGACAUCAUACCUGGCAAAGGGGCCAUAUGCAGGUGUCGUGUUGGGGAGAAUUGGUGGUAUCGUGGUGAACACUGUGAGGAGUACGUGUCCAAGCCUCUUGUGGUCGGCAUCGCCAUCAGCUCUGUCGCCGGCUUCCUGCUCGUUGCCGCCGGAGUCAUCUUUUUCCUGACCAGAAUGCUGCGUGAUCAAUACGACAAAGACGACUCAGAGGAUCCGCUGCGCUUUAAAGACGUCGUUCCAUCUUUGGAAAGAGGGAACAGGUUCAACCCCGCGUACGAGAGUGAUGUAAUCACACGCAGCGGCAGAUAUCGACAGACGUACUUCAACGCCAGGGAUGAGAUGGGGAACAUCUACGAGAAUGUUCAGCUCAUGCAAGAGGAAAUCCCAGAUUGUGUUCAGAUCCUCGAGCUCAACGCCAAAGACCACCAGUUUGCUGAUUUUGCACAGCAGCUUCGAGUUUGAGAUUUCCCAGGAUCACCAGUGUUUUCUUUUUUCGACACACAUUUAUUUCCAAAAACAUUAUUCUUCAUUUCCUCCGCAGACACCAGACGAGCCGAACUGCAGACUGUAAUCACACCUUAUCUGACAUCCUGACUUUACAUUUUGCGCCGAUAUUCAUUUUCUCUCCGGCGCUGCUGAAAUCUGGAUUCUGAUUGGUCAAAAGGUGUUGAUUCUUUCUCUAUAACAGCAGCUCUGACGCUAGGGCGGGUUUAUAUAAUUAAUCUGUUCGAAUGUGUUAUUGUUUUCAUAGUAAAGGCUCAGGGAUGUUCACAGGGAUCUGUAUGGCGAAUGAUAAACUUGUGUACCUCAUGUGGUUCUAUAAAAUAAUUUAAAUCGCUGUUUAUUUGGUUGUUUAUUUAUUUAGUUAUUUAUUUCUGUAGAAAGGUUACCAUGUACAAUUUUUUGGGUUUUUUUGUGCCUUUCUUUUUUUGCUGUUGUUAUUAUUAUAGUGUGAGAUGCUGAAUGAAUAUGUUUAGACAAAUUUAGAGGAGUUUAGGAAAAAAAACUAUUUAUGGAUCUGAAUUUUCCAUACUUUAGUUAAAAGUCUGUAUUUGUGAAGUGACACAAUUUGGGUAGUUAAUAUAUACUGUAACGGAUCAGGCGAAUUUAGAUUUUGUUGUUGACUUUACUUUUGUAGGAGUUUACUGUAUUGUCUGAUUUUGAACAGAUCUAUAAGGACACACACACAGUGCAAGUCAAAGGUUUGGAAGCAAAACACUUCUUGGAAACUUGAACUCACUUGUGUAUGAAAUAAAAGGAAAUCUAUCAGUCUAAAGUUUUUUUCUUUUCUUCAUAUAAUGCAUGAAAAGUUCAUGACUGCAAACCAAAGGAAUAUUUCUUGAGGGAAAAACACUUUAAACCACAUGUCAGUAAAAUUGUUUUGGGCUGGUCUUUGGCAAAUUGUGAAAUAUUUUCAAAACUAUAAAAAUGGCUGCUCGCUUCCACACUUCUGGCCUGUGAUGUGUUUUCUGUCUUUACGAACGAAAAACGUUUAUCUGUCAAGUAUCGGGCUUUAUUUAUUCCUUGUUUAAGUGUAGAGUGCAGUGUAAUGUGGUAACAUGCAGGUUUUAUGAUCUAAUAAAACCAGG